AUUGUGUAUGUGUGCCUGCCUGCCUGUAUAUAAAAGCUUGCAGCGCAGGCUGUGGUAUCAGUACUAGCAGCAGAAGCAUAACAUGAGAACUGAGGUCCUGUGGGGCAUGUUGGCCCUGCUGUGUCAGCAAACACUGGUGAGCAGCCACAUACUGGGGAGACCCUCUUCUACUACUGACCUGGCUCAGCUCAAGUCUUUACUGGAGCGCUUUGAGGAGACUCUAGCUGAAGCAGUCCAGGAGGAGGAGCUGCAGACUGAUUAUGAAGACAUGAACCAAGAGCCCAAGCGCAGCCAGCCCAGCCAAGGAUGGGGCCUGGACCAAGAAAGGAACCAAGAAGCUCUGAUAUCUGAAAGAGCCCAACCACCAAAUGAGGACCACAGCAAGACUGCAAGUCAGAGGACUCGUCUCCAGGACCUGCUAAUGGCCACCAGAAAACGGACCUCUGGCUGCUUUGGAGCCAGGAUGGAUCGAAUAGGAAAUGCCAGUGGCCUGGGAUGCAACAGUGGAAGAGGAUAGACCAGCAGUUUCCUGCGACACGUGUUGGAUUGUGCUGUUGGAACUGAAGAUGCAACCAUAGAGAUUGGAAAAGUAUGGUUUUGUAUUUGUUGCAUUUCAACUUUGUGUAUCUGUUGUGCAUGUUUCUGUGUUUGAAGUGACAAAGUGGCUGUUUGUCAAGUAUGUAAUUAAUUCUAUGAAGUUCAUUAUAGACUGAUCAACAUAAACACUUUCAUGGAAAUCAGUUAAACAUCUACUGUAACUGCAUGUGGGGUUCUA